GGGUGCGUGCAGCUGUGAGGGUGUUUGUCGCUGCCUGAGGCAGCGCAGGUGGUGUUCCUUGGUGUCGGGUCGCUUCUCCAGAUGUUUCUGGGCCAGCUCUGUGCUCUGGGAUCAGGGUCGUUGUCCGUCCCUGAAGCGCCUUCUCAGGCCGAAUCCGGUGGCCUUUCCCCUGUUCCUUGUACACAAUUCCCCCCCGCACAGCUCCGAGGGGAGAGGGCUCCUCUGACCCUGGGCUUGGCUCGGGGUGUCAGAGCCCAGCCCUGCACCUUGUGCUCGAAGGUGCUUGUAGGGAGGGCGGAGGUGCUCACAGAAUUGAUUAGGUUGGAAAAGACCUCUGAGAUCAAGCCCAUUCCAGUGGCUGGCCACCCUUUCUGUGAAGAAAUUCUGCAGUCCAAGCUAAAACGCAACCCCCCGGCACAGCCCGUGUCAGUGGCCUCUCAUCCUGUCGCUUGUCGCCCGGGAGAAGAGACCAGCCCUCACCUGGCUACAGCCCCUUUCAGGUGGUCCAAAAGGUCUCCUCUGAGCCUUUUUAUCCAGGCUAAGCAACCCCAGCUCCCUCAGCCCCUCCUCAUAGGACUUGUGCUCCAGAUCCUUCACCAACUCCAUUGCCCUUCUCUGGACUUUGGUCUGUGCAGGGCAGGUCAUGGAUGGCUCUGUUCUGACUAGGUUUUGCAGGACAAGUGUUGUACAAAAAUGUUCUUUGUCAAAAUAGGUAUAGUAGUUACGUGGUUCCUGGAAGAGGCCUUAAAUUGCCUCAUAUUUUUUAUAUAGCUUUUUUUUUUUUUUAAUCAGGUUUUUGCAUCAGUGUAAGGUGCUGUUGCUGUUCAUUUAUUCUUACCCUCCUCUGUUCCUUUUCUCUUACACGAAUGUUCAUCCUGCUCCCCAGUGUACCGCUCUAGGGAGCUGAGCUGAGGGAGUAGCAUCCCUCAGCAUCCUUGACCACAGACUGCUGCUGUCUGUCUUGCUUCCCUCUCUGCCCUGGCUGCAGUUCCUUAUCCCUGUCAUGCCCUGCAGUUCCUAGAGCUUUUGCUGAGCCAUCUACAAGAAAUUAAAUCAGGGUAUGGUUGUCUGUAUGGUGAGUUGCAUGAGCCAGUUCAGGAAAGGGGUACAUUGAAUAUUCUCACUGACUCAAAGGAGGAGGUGGAGAGAGGUGGGGGGCAUAUUAACUUUUGGAUAGAUAGGCUUGAGCUAUCAUAAUAAAACUGCCAAAGUUAAUUUUUUUCCCCAAUUCAGUCUUAAAACAGGUCAGUUACUGAGAGUGAUACAUCAAGUGCCUGAGAAACCACUUGAACAGUCACAGUUGAAGGGGCAUAGUAAAGCAAUGAAGAGAAACUAAAGGAAGCAUUACAUGCCUUACUGAUUAGAAAACUGUUUCUGAAGUAUUUGGGCAAACUACAUAUCUAUGUAGUAAAAUCUACAAAGGUUGAAGGUGUGGAGAGCAUGGGUUAUGAUAUUGAGCGCUUUGUGGGCUAUGUUAACGAGGGGCUGUUGUGCUCCAUCUGCCGAGAUGUGUUAGAAGAUCCACUGCAGGCUCCUUGCGAACACGCUUUCUGCACUGCCUGUAUCCAUGGGUGGCUUGUUCAUCACAGUAACUGCCCUGAAGACAGACAAGUCAUUGAUGUGUCUUUGCUACGACCUCUCUACAGAUAUAUGAAAAAUGAUUUAAACCGUCUUCAGCUCCAUUGCAGAAACAGAGAGUAUGGCUGUGAAAUGGUUUGUUCUCUGGAGUCCAUAGACAGGCAUGAAAGGGAGUGUGAGUACAGUCAGAUACCUUGCUCCAAUGCUGGCUGUACCGUGCAGAUCGAGCGGCGGAACCUGGACGGGCACCUGGCGGUGUGCGAGUUCCGGAGCCGGGAGUGCCCCAACGGCUGCGGCUACACCAUCCUCAGCGCGGAGGACACGCAGCACAACUGUGUGGCAGAGCUAAGGACCGAGCUGGAGCUGCUUCGGUCAGAAAUGAUCUGCAGAGUGGAGGAGGCAAAACAUGAGAUGGAGUCAAGGUUAGAUUCACAGAGAAGGCAUAUGGUCCAAAAAGAGAGUAUUCUGCAAAAUGAAAUUGAAGAACUAAAGAGUCAGAUGUCACGAAUGAUGUCAGAUGUACGGUCUCUGAUGGCUGCAGAGAGACAGCACCGCCAGGAGCUGGAGCAGGCAGAGCUGGAAAAACGGGAGUUAAUGGAGCUGCUGAAGGGGCUGCAGAAGGACUGUAGAUUGACUACUACAGAGGGAAGCAGGAAGUCAAAUUUCCGUCCUUUGACACGACUAGAGAGUGUUAAAAGAAAACCUAGGGAAGUUACAGUUAUCUAAAUAGUUCUAAGCUCAGAAAGCAUUUUCUUCAAAUAUUGGCUUCUGGCAAACUAUUCUCUUUGCAUGAUUGGUAAACUUUAUAUAAUUUCUGAUUUACUUGGGUUUUUUUGAAGUCUGAAUUACAACCGUAUUUCCUUUGGGGCUAUAAAAACAAACAGAAGAUCUUUUUCCUGAGGGUAUACUGGUCAUUAAAACCAGUAAUUGGAAGACAUAUUUUUAGUUGAUGUUUUUAUAAAAAGGGAAAGGAGACUUGAUUUAUUCUUUCUUUACUGUACCAUUUACAGCAAUCUUUCAAGACUGAAAGCUACAGCCUUUUAAAGUCAAAGACACAGACUAUUAUGGACGAGGAAGAAAAAACUAUUUCAGUAUCCUGUUUGAAACAAAAAAGCAAAUGUGACCAUUUGAUAUGUACUUAAUUUGGGGGAAAGUGAAUAGUAGAAUUAGUAAGUCAGUAACAGAAAUUAACAAGAUUUGGUUUGUUUGUAGUCUGUAGAAGGUCUUAUUUCAAAGGUGGAAAGCAAGCACUUUAAAAUGUAAUUCGUCUACUAUGUAACAGCUUUGGGUGAGGUUGACUGUUGCUUUAGAGCUUCAUCUCAUUUCCAAGGCUGAUAACACACUUAAAAGACUAAUACUAAAGCCCAAGGUAGUAGAAUAACCUAAAAUCCUUUAAACAGAUAUGUGAAUAACUUUGAGUUUGUGGGAAUGGAUUUGCUUCUUACUUAAAAAUUUGAAGCUUUUAUAUGUGAAAGUAUCAGGUAUUUCUACAUGAUCUUUUAAGCAUAAGACCAGUUCAUUUGGUACUCAAUGUCUUUAUAUAUAGAUACCUAGAGUGUUCUUAGUUUUCUUGUGACAGGUUUAAGGCUACUUGGUAUGCACAAGAGAUGAAUAUUUGCACAGUCACUUGGGCUUCAGACAUCUGUGCUAGUGCUCAAGCAGGCACUGGCAUCAGAGGGUAACAGAACACCUCUGUGAAUGCGAGUAGGUCAGUGAUCUGCUCUGAUUAGCAGGACGGGUGGCAGGGUUAGGGGACAUUAGAGCAUCUGAGGAAGAGAGUGACUGAUAGAGCCAUUCUCCACCUCCCCUGAGGCAAAUGUACCAGUCAAACGCACCUCAGAAAGUGGAGGAUCACUAGAGAUGAACCUAGGGUGGCAGGUCUGUGAUGCAGGCAAAACCAUUGACCUAGCUAAAGUGCAUCUCCACCAACACACAGUGUGAGCAGCAAGCAGGAGGAGCUGUUGUUCAGCAGGAAAGUUUUAAUGUUGUCACCAUCACAGAAACAUGGUGGGAUGACUCACCUCAUGGGAGUGCUGCAGUGGCUGGAGAUAAGCUCUUUAUAAGAGACAGGUGAAACAGGAGAGGUGGUUGGAUAGCACUGUACAAUAAGGUGUGUUCUGAUUGUAUUGAAAUUGAUGAUGAAGAUGACAAGGUUGAUCCUCUGGGUAAGGAUCACAGGGAAGGUCAGCAGGGCUGACUUCUUGUUGCGAGUCUGUUAGAGGCCACCCAGCCAGGAACAGGCUAAUGAGGCGUUCUACAAGUAGCUGGCAGAGGUGUCACAGUCACCAGCCUUUGUGCUCAUGGGUGACUUCAACUUGCCAGGUGUCUGCUGGAAAUACAGCAGAGAGGAAGCAGCCUAGGGGGUUCCUGGAAUGUGUGGAAGACAGCUUUCUAACUAACACAACUGGUAAAUGAGCCUAACAGAGGAGGGGCCCUGUUGCUUGUGGGCAAAGAAAGACUGGUGGUGUGAUGGUCAGUGGCCAUCUUGGGCAGAGUGACCACAAACUGUUAGGGUUUUCUGUGCUGGGUGAAGUAAGGAAGGGCAGCAGCAAAACUUCUGCCUUGGGCUUUGGUGAGCAGACUUUGGCCUGUUUAGAACAUUGAUUGACCAAGUCCCUUGGGAGUCAGUCCUGACGGCCAGAGGAGUCCAGGGAGGCUGGAUGUGCUUUAAGAAGGAAUUGUUAAAUAUUCAGGAGCAGACUGUCCCCAAGUGUGGAAAGACAAGUUGUCAGGGAAAAAGACCAGCAUGGUUAAACAGAGAACUUAAGCUGGAAUUUAGGGGGGAAAAUGAGAAUAUAUAAUCUCUGGAAGGAUGGUCAGGUAACUUGGGAGGACUGUAAGGACAUCACAAGGUCUUAUAGGAAGAAGAUUGAAAGGGACAAAACCCAACUAGAACUUGCUUUGGCCACUACAGUUAGAUAACAAAAAAGUUUCUAUAAAUACAUUGACAGCAAAGGGAGGGUCAAGGAGUGUCUCCACCAUUAGUUGACUUCAGAGGGUGGUGUAGUGACAGGGGUUGAGGAAAAGGCAGAGGUACUUAAUGCCUUCUUUGCCUUGGUCUUCAAUAUCAGGAUCAGUUGUCCUCAGGAUACCCAGCUCCCUGAGAUGGAAGUUGUUGAUGGACAGAUGAGUGAAGUCCCCAUAGUCCAGGACAAGAUGGUUAGUGACCUGCGGUGCCAGUUAGACACUCACAGGGCUAUGGGCCCUGAUGGGAUCCACCCCAGAGUAAUGAGGGAACUGGCAAAAGUACUCACUGGCACUGGUGAGGCUGCACCUUGAGUGCUGCAUCCAGGUCUGGUCCCUCAGUUUGGGAAGGACAUUGAGAUGCUUGAGCGCAUCCAGAGGAGAGCAACAAGGCUGGUGCGGGGCUUGGAACACAAACCCUACGAGGGAGCUGGGGGUGUUCAGCCUGGAGAAAAGGAGAUUCAGGGGUGACCUUAUUGUUCUCUACAACUUCCUGAAAGGUGGUUGUAGUCAGGUGGGGGUUUGUCUCUUUCUCCAGGCAGCAACUGACAGAAUGAGAGGACACAGCCUUAAGCUGCACCAAGGGAAAUAUAGGUGGAUAUUAGGAAAAAGUUUUUCAUGGAAAGAGUGAUAAAGUUCUGGAAUGGUCUGCCCAGAGAAGUGGUGGAGUCACCAUCCCUGGAUGUGUUUAAAAAAAGACUGACACUCAGUGCCAUGGUUUAGUUGUGGUGUUAGGGCAUGGGUUGGACUUGAUGAUCUCGAAGGUCUCUUCCAACCCAGUGAUUUUGUGAAUUCUCUAAAUUUGCCAAAAUACUUUAAAUCAUCUAUCAGCAGUCCUGCUUAACUGGAGGAGUUUCAGCUGACUGGAGAUUAGCAGAUGUAACACAAGAAUGGUUGGAAGGAUGAUCUGGGGAUCUACAGGCCUGUCAGCCUGACCUCAGCUCUGGGCAAGGUUCUGGAAGAGAUCAUCCUGGGUGCCAUUACAUGGCACAUGCAGGACAACCAAGGGAUCAAGCCCAGACAACAUAGAUUGAAGAAAGGCAGGUCCUGCUUGACUGAUCUGAUCUCAUAUGACUAAGUGACCUGCUGAGAAGAUGAGGGAAAGGCUGUGGAUGUUGUCUAUCUAGACUUGGGUAAAGCAUUUCACACCAUCUUCCACAGCGUCCUCCUAGAUAAACUGGCUGCAUGGGACUUGAAUGGAUGGACUCUCCAAUGGAUAAAAAGUUGGCUGGUUGUCAGGCCCAAAGAGUGGCGAGGAAUGGAGUUAAGUCUAUUUGGCAGCUGGUCACUAGUGGUGUUCCCUAGGGCUCAGUAUUUAGGCCAGUCCUGUUUAACACCAUUAUUAAUGAUCUGGACAUGGGGAUUGAGUGCAUCCUGAGUAAAUUUGCAGACAACACCAGGUCAGAUGGGAGUGUUGAUCUGCUCAAGGGUAGGAAGGCUGUGCGGACAGACCUGGACAGACUUGAUCAGUGUGCCAAGGAUGAGUGCACGAGGUUCAGUAAGGCGAAGUGCUGGGUCCUGCUCUUGGGUUGCAGCAACCACAUGCAGUGCUGAGGACAGAGUGGCUCGAGAGAGCAGAAAGGAGCUUGGGUGUGCUGGUUGACAACCAGGCUAAUAUGAGCCAACGUGUGCCCAGGUGGCCAAGAAGGCCAGUGACAUCCUGGUCUGUAUCAGAAAUAGUGUGGCAGUGAUUGUCCCUCUGUAUUUGGCACUGGUGAGGCCACACCUCAAGUGCUGUGUCCAGUUUUGGCCCUUCACUUUGAAAAGGAAUUUGAAAUGCUGAAGUGUGUCCAGCAAGGGCAACAGAGCUCAUGAAAGGUCUAGAAAGCUUGUCUUGUGAGGAGCAGCUGGAAGAGCUGUGUUUGUUUAGUCUUGAGAAGAGGAGGCUCAGGGGAGACCUCUUCACUCGCUACAACUCCCUGAGAGUGUAGCAGGGUGGAGACUGGUCUCUACUGCUGUGUCUGUAGUGAGAGGAUAAGAGGGAAUGGCCUUAAGCUCAGACAGAAGAGAUUCAGAUUAGAUGUUAGAAAAAAAAUUUCUCUGUUAGGAUGGUCAAGUGUUGGAAUAGGGUGCCCAGGGAGCUGGUAGAGUCACCAUCCCUAAAGGUGUUGAAGAGUUGUCAGGAUCUGGGGCUGAGCAGUGGUUUUGGGGUUGCAGGGCUAGUUCUGGGUUGGCAGUUGAACUCCUUCACCCUUGAUGAUUCUAUGAUUCAAAGUUUGCAAUAGGAUUUUUUAACAGACACACAAAUCAAGGAGGCUUACAUUUACCUUUAAGCACUGCAUGAGAAACCUGUUCCAAGACUUUCUCCAAACUUUUACACAGCCUGUUCAUGUUGCUUUCAGUGGUAUAACUAAGCCAUAUUCUCAGCUCAUCAGUGGACUAACUAUAGAGAUAUCUGGCCUUCUGUUUACUGAAUGUAUUAAAUCAGUUUUGGAGGCUCAGGAAAAUGUGUGCAGGUUCGACCACCUGUAUGUUAAUUUUAUAGUUUAGAAAGCAACUGCAUUACUGUGCAUGCCUUGCUGUCACUCAGAGCAAUGCUUUUAUAGCUAAUAGCAUAACCAAAGAGGCAGUAAUCUUCUUUAGCACACAGUCUACAUUAUGAAGAUUUGUGGUCAGAGCUGUCUGAAUUUUGGGCAUUAAUAAAUCCUUCUAACUUGCUGUUUCUUUAGUACCUCUGAGGCAGUUGUGCACAUAUUCAGGUCUUACAUAUUUUAAAACUGGUCUUGUGUAUUUAAAAACUGACAUAAAUAGCUCUUCUGUAAAGUAAUUGAGAGUAUUUGGGGCAUUAGCAAUCUCACUAAUUCAUGCCAUAGCACAUCUCUUGAGCAGCAAUAUUUAACAAUCUAAAACAGUAAACCAGUAGCUAUAAUUUGGGAAGACCUUCAUUCACAUUAAAUGUUCAGUGGUCAGUUCACUUACGUCAGUGUGUGUAUUAAAGCAAUAGGCAGAAAAUAAGAAUGCUGUUACUCUCGUGUUCUGAACAAGCAAGCUGUGAGUGUCUGUGCUCUGUGGGACAUUAUUGCAGCAUUCACGCUUAUUUCCAAGCUUUUUCACAACACUACAUUUCAUGCUGUUAGAUUCAGUUAGUGCUUUUCUGUGUACUGUAACUGUGUGGUUGUGAUGUGACUUUAUCUACUUUGCCUAAUGUAAAGAAGAAAAUUACUUUAAAAUCCAUUAGAACUUGAUGAGCUGGAUCAUCUUUCCUGAGUCAGAGGGUAGUAACCCAACCUUUUCUGUUGUGACCACAGAAGAAAGCAAGUUAUCUGCCCUGUACAUUCCCCAUAAUGGGAUCUCUGCAUUUGUGUGCUUUAGAAACAUCACCCACAUAUUUCUGACUAAAUUCCUCCUAGUAUGGGAAAUAGGGUUUAUUUAAUGCUUACUUAGCAUUUGGCCUGCUGUCUUUUCUCUAAGUGAUGGCAUGAAACUGCAUGAGCAAAUGUGUCCAAGGUGGCAAUGAAGGAUUUUCUGGUGUGCUAUCAUGCUCUGACAGUCUGAACUUCCAGUGUGGAAAUGUGGCAACACUUUGGGUCCACCAGCUGCUGGCAUGGGCUGUCAGUUUGGGUGUCCUCUAGCGGCAAAGAAACACUUUCAGAGAUGUUUUAAACAGGCACACAGUAGCUAAUGGCAUCAGGUCCCUCUGGUGACUUUAAGCUUUAUGCCAUUUCUCUGGGUUGAUAACAGUUCUGCACUUCAGAUUUUCCUCUGCUAAUGAACCCCUCACAGGGUGGCAUUGCUGAAGUAUCAUCAUUUGACCUGUCUUACAAUUGACUAGACUGACAUUAAAUAGCCCGUUAUGUUAAUAUUUCAUCUACUUUCUGCUUUUCCAUAGCAGUUGGCAGCAGCAAGGGAUAUUUUUUCUUUCAAAUAGUCUGUUAAUCCUGUUCACAAAAACUAAGACUCCAAAUAUUGUACUAGACUUGACAUAAGUUAAAGCUUUUCACUUGAAAAUUAUUCUUCCCUAGUCAUGAUCAUACUUUAGCAUUAUAUGAGACUGGAGGAUUACAGGAGGAUUCCAGCAUGGAAUUACUGGUAUUCCUAUUCUCAUACUAAAUCACACUUUAAUCAGUUCCAUUUCCUCACAAGUGGAACUGCUGCUCCAAGUGUACCAGUAACUGUGCAAAUUGUUGUAUUUUGAAUUGCUGCUUCUGGCUUUUUGCAGCUGGAAGAAGGAGAGUAAAGAGAACAAGUGUGGUGUGAUUGUUCCUUCAGCCCAAAAGCAGAGAUGUGGCUUCACCAGCUUGUGCCACCAGCCAGCUUACCAGUGUGAGCUGCCAGCAUGUGGCAGGGAGUUAACAUGGCAUUAGAAUUAAAUGGAGAUUAAUUCUUUAUCCACAGGUAGGUGGGUACACAAUGUCACAGUACCAAGCCUGGGAGAUUCAGAAACAAAACUCAGAGCAAGUUGUUAAAUAAGGUAUGUGGAACUUGUAUAUACAAAAGUUUCUUGACAGCAUAGAAGGGAAGGGAAUUGCACAGUCCAGCAAAAUACUUGCUAUAGUGAUGUAUUUUGACUGGCCAAAAGUGGUUUGAUCUGAACUGUUCUUAGGUGUUUGUGUUAAGUAACAUUUUAAUAGUCCCUGGUUGUAAACAGUUCCUACAAUUUAUAGAAAUUGGUAGCCUUGCAAAUGAAUUUUUCCAUGUGCUGUCCUCUUGGAUGUUUCUGGCAUGGUGCUUCUCUACAGCCGCUUUCCUUAGAAGUGCUGGGUAGUAUUGACAAGGAGCAGUACUAGCCUUGCCUUUCUCCCGUACUGGUGUCAGAUGGACUACGGUAGGUCAGGGAGAUUUUACCACGCAGAAGAUGCCUUUAUAAAAGACCUACAAUUCUAUGCAACUUUCUAUUAACUGAGUAAACACUGAACCGUCUUCCAGCAUUAUGGGUCGCUGCCAGUCUAUUUACAUUUUAUACCUUUAUAUGCACAAGGAUAAACCAGCACUUAACAGAUCUUAAUCUCUAGUGUGUGUAAGAAAUGGUAACACUUUGUAUCACUUUGAAGUACACUUUGUACAAAAGUUGAACUAAUAAAGGGUCUGCACCAUAAUUUAAAAA